AUGAGGCGCUGGCUGCCCGCCGUGCUGGCCUUGCUCGCCCUCGGAGACCCCAGUAAGCAAGAUGGUUUUCAACCGCUGCCGGGGGCGUAUCCCAGCAUCACCAACCAGACCUUCAUCAAGCAGUGUGUGGAUGCCCACAACAAGCACCGCUCCGCAGUCAGCCCUUCGGCGUCCAACAUGCUCUAUAUGACGUGGGAUAUAGCAUUAGCUAGAACAGCUAGAGCAUGGGGAAAUAGAUGCACUUUUCAGCAUAGUCCAUAUAGAAAGAGCCACCCUGAUCCUUCAUUUUGGCUUCUUGGAGAAAAUUUAUGGAUGUCAUCUGCUGCGAGAAGACAUUUUGAUCCUACUGAUGCCAUCGCAGCAUGGAACUCAGAAGUUUCUUCCUAUACAUACGAGAGCCAUAGUUGUACACGGGUUUGUGGUCAUUAUACUCAGGUUGUUUGGGAUAGCUCUUAUAAAGUUGGCUGUGCUAUUGUUUUCUGCCGAAGAAUGGAUCAAUCAAAGAAUGCUGAAAUCUUCGUGUGCAAUUAUGGUCCAGGUGGCAAUUAUCCGAGGAGACCUUAUAUGCGAGGAACGCCAUGUAGUGCUUGCCCACAAGGAGAUACAUGUGAAAAUAAACUUUGCAGAAAUCCUGAACGUGACAAAAUCAUACGUUAUACACGAUGGUAUCCAUCUUUUGAACACCGGAUUGUAUGUGAUGAAUCCUGUAUUGCUUUAGCAAUUUUAAGACCAUUAUUAAUGUUUUCAGCAUUUGGAGCAGUGUGGUAUUUACAACGGCGUUAUCCAAAUUUAAGUAUGCCACAAUAA